AUGGUGAAUAAGGCAAUUUUUCUUCUGGCGAUUGCCAUGGCCGUGGGUCGCGAAGGCGUUCUAGCAUCUUCAUCAUCACGAGAACUUCGAUGUGGUAGGCGGCUAGUGUCGGGACUAUUCUCGCGACCUAGACUCCCACUUGGCUACUCGUACGUGACUACUGUGCCGCGGGGUGCCUGCAGGCUAAACGUCUCCGAAGUCAUUCCCAGUGAUAAUUAUAUAGCGUUGAAAGUAUCGAACGGUUCAUAUAUAAUGAACGGCGAGUUUGCGGUGAGCGCGGCUGGAACAUACGAAGCUGCUGGUGCUCGCUUCAUCUACACCAGGGAAGCUGGACAAGAUCAUGUCUUUGUACAUGGACCCAUACAUCAGCCCAUUGAUAUCAUGAUUCUGUAUACGCAACCAAAUCCGAAUAUUAAAUACGAAUUCUUUACUGACUUGGAACCUGACGAAACAAGUAACGAUAUACCGACGUCGAACCCUGCCCCAUCUCAUCACGUAGCGCAACGUCAUCACAGGCAUCACAACAGUGAGGCCCAUACAAGAGAUCUUGAAAUGAAAUCAACACCUUCGUUUUCGAAGCUCGAUUUAAACAACUUGGAGAGUCAGUCACAAGUUGACAGUAACGUUAUUGGGACCAGAAAAUUUGUUUGGAAGAUAUUGGAGUUUUCGCAAUGCUCGCGAAGUUGUGGUGGUGGAUUACAGAUUGGAAAAUUUAAGUGCGUUGAGGUCUCUGAAAAAGCUGACAAAGAAGUUUCUUCAUUCCACUGCAAUGGAACUCCCCCUCCAGCUCGUAGACGGCGGUGUGGAGGUACUCCUUGCCCUCCCCGUUGGAGAGCCGCCCCAUGGGGGCCAUGCCCUGUGUGUGGCCCAGCACACAGAACACGUAUCGUAGGUUGUGUGCAAGAUCAUGCGCGAGGCAUAACUAAGAUAAGUGACCAAAAAUGUCCACUUCCAAUGCCACCAAGCAGUGAACUGUGUGACAUCCUGAACUGCGACGGCACAGCUACGACGACUGCGGUGCCUCGCCUCGAUGCUCGACGUCAAGUUCGGACUAAAGACCGAACGGAUACCUUCAGAGCUGGUCCUGUGAUCUCACUGGCUACAAAUUAUAAUGACACGGAUAUUAACAUGACACCAGAACCGCAUUAUACUUUCAGUGCUGGCGGGGGAUGGCUAUACACUGAAUGGUCGAACUGUGUGGGCUGGUGUGUGGGCGGAGGUGUGCAAUCUCGCGGAGUUCGAUGCGCCAAUCCUAAUGGCUGCAGCACCCAUCGUGCUCCAGAAUCAACACAAAUAUGCACCAUUAAGAAACAGUGCGAUGCUCAUUGGUUUACUAGUGAUUGGUCUCCGUGUUCAGCGAAUUGCGGCGGUUACCAAGUGCGUGGUGUGAUAUGUAUUGGUGGUAACGGUAGGAGACUACGAGAUUCUUCCUGCAGAGGGUCUAAGCCGGAGACCAAACGUGAAUGUGGAGAUGCUUGCAGUCCAUCUUGGUAUCUCAGUGACUGGAGCGAGUGUCAAGGGCCAUGCGAGGCAGGUGUACAGUCGCGCACAGUGUGGUGUGCACGUGGGGGUGCGAGCGGCGCCAGUGGUGCGGCGAGAGACGCCGACUGUACUGGCGUGCGACCUGCUGCCAAAAAGUCUUGUGUACCAUCACGUUGUUCGACGAGGCCUCCGAUCAAUACUGCUGUGAUUAACCAGCCACCUCCCCAAGUUUCAGACCCGCAACAACGAGUAACAAGACAUCAGAACCAUAACACACAGAAUUCUAGAGACAGAUCUUACGCUGACGGCGCAUGCGUCGACAAACUGAACAAUUGCGCUUUGGCGGUGCAAGCACGUCUCUGUCACUACCCGUACUACGGCGAAUACUGCUGCAAGUCCUGUCAUGGCCGAUAA